ACAUUAAAUCAUUGAGCUACUUAUAUCCCACGAGUUUUAGAGUGACACAAGUGCUUUCAAUUAUUCAUUCCGAUUCAGAAAUACCCCAUUGUGCAGGCUCAAUGUCCGAGUCCGAGGAGGUUCCUCGACCUGGCCAGUGGCCGGUUGAUCCACAAGAAGAUGUUCCCAUCUCGAAAGACCGCAUAUGGGUUGAUGGAUGCUUCGAUUUUAGCCACCAUGGCCACGCUGGUGCCAUGUUGCAAGCACGCAAAUUAGGCAAGGAGCUAUACGUUGGCAUUCAUUCGGACGAGGCGAUUCUUGAAAACAAAGGCCCGACUGUGAUGACGCUUUCAGAACGAGUCGCCGCCGUUGAAGCAUGCCGAUGGGCUACAAAAUCUAUACCCCACGCUCCUUACGUCACGACAUUGCCCUGGAUCUCACACUAUGGUUGUCAAUAUGUCGUCCACGGCGACGAUAUUACAUCGGACAGUAAUGGCGAGGAUUGUUAUCGCUUCGUCAAAGCCGCUGGUCGAUUCUUAGUCGUGAAGCGAACACCGGGCAUCUCCACAACCGAUUUGGUCGGUCGGAUGCUCCUAUGUACUAAGAACCAUUUCGUGAAAUCAGUCAAGGACAUUCUUGAAGGUACUGAAGGACCGGAUAAUGCUGAAGAUAGGAAGGCGCUCGGUACAGAUCUCAUGCAGAGACUUCGCGACUAUGCGACGGAUGAAACUGGACAUCAACCUGGUCCCGAGGUAUGGUUAUGGAAUGGAAGUGAUGCAGCCAAGAUUGAUCACACUGUUGAACAAGCCGGAAAUUAUGAGAAUUUGAUUAAAGGGGUCCCCCCGAAGCCGGGGCAGCGUAUCGUGUACGUUGACGGAGGAUUUGAUCUAUUUUCUUCCGGACAUAUUGAAUUCCUUCGACAGGUCUGGGACCUUGAAGAAGCCGAAGGCCGUAAGAAGGGCUGGUAUGAAGAAAGUGAAAAGCAGAAGAGGAUCGCCGAGCAAGGUGCCGACUAUGGCCCAGCCUAUAUUAUUGCUGGUAUUCAUGAUGAUGCAGUCAUCAACCACUGGAAAGGCCUCAACUAUCCCAUCAUGAACAUAUUCGAGCGAGGAUUAUGCGUUCUGCAAUGCAAGUAUAUUCAUACAAUCAUCUUUUCAACACCCUUCACCCCAACUGAAUCAUUCUUACGGGCAAUGCCUUGGGGUGUUCCUGAUGUGGUAUACCAUGGACCCACAACUUUUAUUCCUCUAACAUAUGAUCCGUAUGUUGCCCCUAAGCAAAUGGGUAUCUUCAAGGAAGUCGGAAACCACCCAUUUCAGCAUGUGAAUGCAGGCGAGAUUGUCGAGAGGAUCCUCAAGAGCCGUAGUGCUUACGAAGAAAGACAACGCGCAAAGUUGAAGAAGGGUGUCAUUGAGCAGGACACGAGGGAUAAAGAAUUAGCUUCGCAAGGAUCCAAUCCUGGACCUUAAUAGGCGCAUAUAGAAUACCAUUCCAGUAGAGUCAUACAUUUUUGCUAUGUAUAUAGGCAUCAAGAUAUGAACUAGGUUUAGUGGCUUUGAAACAUUAAACAUAAUCAUUCACAGACAUUGAGUCGAGAGGUCACUAUGAUGACAGUCGCUAAACGUCGAAGAGCAGAGUAAGUGGCUGAUUGAACCAAGUCUCGCACCGAAAAAAACACAAACGCUUUUAUCUAUUGCAUGUACAGUAAGUAUAUGCUGAUCACAAAAGUGGCUCGUCAAGGAUAUCAUCAAACGCCGAAUCGGAAUCCCAAUGCAAAUCUAUAAAGCAGAUGCAUGCAAUCGCUCAGUCGAGAAAACAUAUGAAGGUGUCGUUAAAAAAAAAAGCUCUAGGAGCGUAAGGAAGCGCGCCGAUUCGAUCUAGGAGGAUUGCAUCUUCUCAAGUUCUUUUUGUUCGCCGAACACGCGUCGACUCAUUUCGAGAACGGCCUCAAAGCCUUCGCGACCUCGUUUGGCAUUUUCCCUGAAUCGCUCAACGCUGGCUUCUUCUACUUUAUUCUUAAUCUUUUGCCACCCUGUGCAGAGCGCGGUGAUGGUCGCUUCUUGUUGGAAUUCGGUCUGGUUGUCUGGUGUUAAGCGGGAUGGUUGGUAGGUGACCGUCUCUCGGACAUUAAGAACAUUGGCCCAUGUGAGGUUCGUAGAGCACAUGGUUACUUUCUUGGUGACUGGGUCGACGUAUGAAACUUCAUAAACAUAUGACAGCGGGCUACCUCCGAAAAGGCUCAGCACCCAUUUUGGCGCAGAUUGAUAACAAGUUAUGAGACGCUCGGUGCGCAACUAAAAUGAAUGAUUGUUAGUGUACCAUUCCUGACCGAUGGAGUAGUGUAUGGAUAGCCUCACAAUGCCCGUUGAUGGUUCAAUCGUCCUCGACAGGGUAUCAACAGCCUUCACAUGCGUCGACUUAUCAUUCCAGGGGCAGUAUUUGCGCCAGUUUGCCGUGGAGACUUCAUCCCACGAGUAGUUGAAGGUGCAGUCUGAAGAAAAUACUUUCAUCUUUCUUCCUUUCGCCUCCGAGAAGCACGGCAGACUCGACAGGGUGUAUCAAACGAUGAGCGAGAACGAUGAUUCACGAUAUCUCUCUUUGAAACGGAUGGAAGUUUGCAGUUUUUAAUGUUAUAGCGACGGAUAACGGACUUUCUCGAGUGCGAAGGUAUACGGAGAAACAAAUCUAUCAGACUGGUGUCUAGUUAAUUGAACAUGAUAUAAGCUAUAAGAUGGCGAAAGUGAAGGGAAUGUGGACUAGAAUUCGAU